GGCCAGGUUCAUUCAACCCACAGAGAAGCAGAGGUUCAGUCGGAGAAAGGUGGAAAAGCCAGAACCCUGAAGGUCGCCAGCCGCAUCUGAACCUGAUCUGAGAACCAUCGCAGCUCUGACGACAUCUGAGUGAAACUGAUGACGGAGAAGAUCUGUGAGCUUCACAGGAUUUCACAUUAGCCUACAAACAAAAGUCCCAGAAAGAUGAAGGUGUUCAGCAUUGCAGCUGCAGUGACACUCGUGCUCGCCUUCGUUAGCCUUCUGGAGAGCUCCGCCCUCCCUCUGGACCAGGUGCAGGAGACAGAGGGGGUGGGGAUGGUGAGAGGGGCGGGAAUGAGUGACACUCCAGCUGCAGCCAAUGAGGAGACAUCUGUGGAUCAAUGGAUUACACCGUACCACACGCGUGUGAAGCGCGGCGGCCUGGUCGCCCUGUGUCGUUAUUGCUGCAACUGCUGCCGAUCAAACUCUGGCUGUGGUUUUUGUUGUAAAUACUGAGCGGCGACGACCUCACUUUAAUUUAUUCUACUGAAAUAAUCUUCCAUUUCCUUCUGGGUGAACACAAACAAAAAAGUUGUCCACUUUUUAUUUCCUACAUUAAAUAAAGGAAAAAAAUAAAUAAA